CAACGCCUCUGCGUGGAGCCGCCUGCGGGGAGCGCCGGCGACCCGGGGGGGGGAGGGAGGGAGGGAGGAGGGGGGGAGGCCGGUAUCGCUACCGCCGCCCCGACCGCGGCACGUAGCUAGCUUAGCGUUAGCAUGCGCGGCUAAUUGGCCGGGAACCCAGCCUCCCUGGCCGGGAACCCAGCCUCCCUGGCCGGGAACCCAGCCUCCCUGGCCGGGAACCCAGCCUCCCUGGCCGGGAACCCAGCCUCCCUGGCCGGGUCGCGUCUCAAGGCGCGGUGUGUGGGGUGACGCCGGCCGGGACAGCGCCUGUCGCUGUGGAAACGACGCUGGGUCCUCGACCCGCUGCCGCCGGUUCGGUGUCAUGCAUUGUGUCUCUCCCGGUGUUCCGAAAGUUUCACACCGACCCUCUCUUGUGCCGGCAGUGGGACAGGAGCAGGUCAGCUCCAUCGGGAGGGGGCUGGUGGUGCUGCUGGGCAUCUCUGUGAGGGACGCCCAGAAGGACGCCGACUACAUAAUUCGUAAGAUCCUGAACCUGCGGCUGUUCGAGGACGAGAAUGGCCGGGCGUGGAGCAAAAGCGUCACGGACAAGGAGUUUGAAGUACUCUGUGUCAGCCAGUUCACCCUGCAAUGUAUACUGAAGGGCAACAAGCCAGACUUCCACUCAGCCAUGCCUGCGGAGCUGGCCCAGCCAUUUUACAACAGUAUUUUAGAGAGCAUGAGAAGUGCCUACAAGCCAGAGCUGAUUAAGGAUGGCCAGUUUGGUUCCCGCAUGCAGGUCCACAUCCAAAACGACGGGCCGGUCACCAUUGAGUUGACGUCGCCUGCCGGUCUUUCGGAUCCUAAACAGCUAGCCAAGCAGGAGAAUCAGCAGCAGAGGAAGGAGAAGACCCGCCCUAAGGGCCCCUCAGAUGCCAGCAGGGAGAAGGGUGCGCCGCGCUCUAAACGGGAUCCCAACACCAGCAGCGGGGCUGAGGGGGACGUGUCCUCAGAGAGAGAGCCCUAGGGCACCAGCCGGACUCCGAUUUGGGCGACGUGACCGGGAGCCUGGUUUCCUGAAGAAAGGCGUUUGGGACUUCAGCGACCGUGACACCUAAUUGUGGACGUCGCCCUUCUUGUUUGGAAACCAGCAACGUCCUCUUGGUCUGCCGCUGAAUGUUGUGCCCGGGGCUGGUGUCCCUGGCAGCUCCUCUCAAGGAUUGGACAUGUGGGACUCCAUCGCCAACACAACACCCAGUCACCACCGUGGAUCUCUGAAACGGUUUAGGACAAGGACACGUGGGACGGGAACAUAAACAGUGUGUGACAAAACAUUGCUUAAUUCUUAGAAUCAAUGACACUACACUAUUUGGUCCCCCUUCUCCCCCUUCUUGUCCUUGCUUUCUUUCUCUCUCUCUCUCUCUCGCCCCCCCCCUCCUUAGCAUUGUCUUUCUUUCCCAGUCUCAACCCCCCACCCAACUCCCAUUCAGACUUAAAACUGACCAGUGUGACAGCAGCGAUGAUGGCAUCUCUCGUCACCCUGUAAACGCCGUUGACGCCGUCAGUUUGGGUGGUGCCCCAAAAGGAACAUCUUAGCUGAAGAUACCUUUUCACGGGGCAAUUUGUAAUUUCUACCUGAGUGCUGAUCUCUAACAUUAAACCUGGAAUCUGA